AUGUCACAGUCUAAAACAUCGCAUGCAGCAGCAGCUGCAGUUGCGGCAACAACGUCAACGUCUACGACCAACGGCAGUGGCAGUGGCAGUGGCAACAACAUCAGUAAUAGCAACAUUGGCAAUAGUAGCAAUGGCAUCAGCAUCGGCAACAAUAGCAAUACCAACAGCAAUACCAACAACGAGCAGUCAAUCGCGGCAUCGACAACAACAACAACAACAACGGUACAGACGCAAGCUCAUCAUCAUCACCACCAUCAUCACCAUCGUCAUCAUCAUUUGCUGGAGACACCAACGAGCAGUGCAGCAGUUGCCGCUGCUGUUGCGGCAGCCAUCAACAUCAACAUGCGCAUGCUCAUGCUCAUGUGCAUCCACAUGCGGCGUACCAUCAACUGCAGCCGCUGA